CUUCUUCUUCUUCGUCGUUCAGAUUCUUCGAGAAAGAGAGAAAGAGAGAGAUGGCUGAAACAGCGAGAAGACAAGGUGGAGGGAGACCAUUGCCGCCACCUCCGAGAGGCGUUAACCAACCUCCUCGCCCUAAACCUGAACCUGUCGAUCGUGAAAAGACAUGUCCCCUGCUUCUUCGUGUUUUCACCAAGAGUGGUGGUCAUCAUACUCAGGAAGAUUAUGCUGUGAGAGGCAAAGAACCAAAGGAUGAAGUUCAAAUCUACACUUGGAAAGAUGCCACUCUUCGUGAGUUAACUGAUUUGGUGAAAGAAGUAUCUGUAGCAGCUAGGAGAAGGAAUGCAAGAUUGUCUUUUGCGUUUGUUUAUCCUGACUCGCAUGGUCGCUUUAUUGUCAAAGAGGUUGGGCAGACAAUGUCUUAUCCAAACCGUAAACAACCAGAUGACAGUAAAACGCUUUCCGAACUUAGGUUUGAGAUUGGAGAUUAUCUGGAUGUGGCAAUUUACUAGGAGGAUUCUGUUUCUCGUUAAGUGGGAGUUAAGAGGGAAGAACACAUUCAUGUUUGUACCAUUUCAAACUUCGUUUAGAUAUGUUUUGUAUUUUUGGAUCUGGUCUGUGCUGUCUAAUGAUUUAGUAUAAUAUGCUAUCUUUUUUGUUAAUGA